AUGAGCUCCGCUGCAGAUGGGGUCGAUAAACGUAUUAGGCUUGUCAAGACUGCAUUCGUUACCUACUUUCAUGCAGACUUGAAGAAAGCUCGUCAGUUCCUGCUCGACUUCGGGCUGACUGUUGCACAAGAAACCCUACGUGUACGGUCCCAAACCGGAGAGAGCUACUUCGACGGCGCCGCAUACGUCGUGGAAUCCGCACACGAACUCGAAAGAGCCGCAGCUCUCCCCUCCAGCUCCAGCAAGACUCAAGACCUGGCAGGCUCCGCAGGCGGCAAAAUCGCCACCCUCACAGACCCCUUCGACCACAAAAUCCACCUCAUCCACGGCUGGCGAGAAAAUCAGCCGUCAAUGCCCGAGUCCCAAGGCCUCCAAAAGCUGACGGUCAACUUCGAAGACUCCAAGCCGCGCAAAGGGCGCUUCCAACGCUUCGCCCCUGGCCCAGCACCCGUCUUCCGCUGGGGCCACUACGGCGUCUCCUAUCCCGCCUCGGACCCGCAAGGCUACCAGAAGCUCUUCGACUGGUACACCACGACGCUGACGCUCUCGCCCAGCGACAUCCUCACGCGGGACGGCCGCCCGGUCACGGCGUUCUUCCACAUCGAUCGCGGGCGCGAGUAUACCGACCACCACAGCUUCUACUUCAAAGCCGCCAAACCGCACGCUGCGCCCUCCGUCACGCACGCGGCGUUCGAGACGCACGAUUUCGAUGUCCAGCAGUUGGGGCAUCAGCAUUUGGCGGCGAAGGGGUAUCGGCUUUGUUGGGGCGUGGGACGGCACACGAUCGGCAGCCAGGUUUUUGAUUAUUGGUAUGACCCUAGCGGGUUCAUGGUGGAGCAUUACGCGGAUGGGGAUGUGGUGAAUUGUGAGACGGGGGUGGGGGAGAUGGUGGCGGGGAGGGAGGCGUUGGCGGUGUGGGGGCCGCCUUUGCCGGAGGCGUUUUGA